AUGUCACAUUGCGCAGGCGUACACCACGUACACCGAUGAUCAGACCUGUCUUGGCCAUGGUCUUCACUGAGUGCUAGCUGAUUACCUAACGGUUGUUAACUCGCACACAUUGGGCUAGAAGGAGGAACACAGCGGUGGAUAAGAAGGGCGACCCAAGUGCCGCUUCGAAAUGGCCGGACAACAGUUCCAGUACGAUGACAGCGGCAAUACCUUUUUCUAUUUCCUUACGUCCUUCGUGGGACUUAUUGUGAUUCCGGCUACAUAUUACCUCUGGCCCCGGGAUCAGAGUGCUGAACAACUGCGUCUGAAGAGCCUGAGGAGGGUACAUGGCAGGUGUCUGUGGUACCGGCUCAGGCUGAUGAAGUCCCAGCAGAGUAUCAUCCCAACACUAAAGAAAGCAGGCUUGUUAUUUGGGUGGGCUGUGUUCCUGCUGCUAGCCUACAAAGUGUCCAAGCUGGAUAGAGAGUACCAGGAGUAUAAUCCAUAUGAAGUCCUCAACUUGGACCCGGGUGCAUCUCUGUCAGAAAUCAAGAAGCAAUACCGUGUACUGUCGCUCAUAUACCACCCUGACAAAGGUGGUGAUGAGGCCACAUUUAUGAGAAUUGCCAAAGCCUAUGCUGCUCUGACCAAUGACCAGUCACGACAAAACUGGGAAAUGUACGGCAACCCAGAUGGUCCAGGAGCAACCAGCUUUGGUAUUGCCCUGCCUGCCUGGAUUGUUGACCAGAAGAACUCAGUGCUGGUGCUGUUGGUAUAUGGACUAGCCUUUAUGGUCAUCCUUCCUGUUGUUGUGGGCACGUGGUGGUACCGCUCAAUCCGCUACAGCGGAGACCAAAUCCUCAUCAACACUAUUCAGCUUUUCAUGCAUUUCAUGUACAAGACGCCUAACAUGAACAUGAAGCGGUUGGUCAUGGUGUUGACAGCAGCAUUCGAGUUUGACCCUCGCAGUAAUAAAGAAGCCACAAUACGACCGACCGACAACAUUGAAGUGCCACAGCUGAUCCGUGAGUUGGGAAAUAUCAAUGUGAAGAAGAAGGAGCCUCCGUUUUGCUAUCCUUACAGUUUAAAGGCCAGAGUCUUAGUGCUUGCUCACCUGGCACGCAUGGACAUAUCAGAGGAGUUGGAGGAAGAUCAGAGGUUUGUGGUGAGGAAGAGUCCGGCUCUCCUCCAGGAGAUGAUUAACGUGGGCUGCCAGCUCACCAUGAUGGCCAACAGCAGAGGAGGUUUUCCUGCUCCUCGACUGGUGACCAUAGAGAACUGUAUGAAGCUGACCCAGAUGACAGUGCAGGGUCUACAGGAAUCAAAGUCACCACUGCUGCAGCUGCCCCACUUUGAGGAGGAGCACCUCCGCUACUGCAUCUCCAAGAAGUACAAGGUUCGGAGCCUGCAGGACCUGGUGAGCCUCAAGGACUCGGACAGACGCAGCAUGUUGCGUUUCUUGGGGGAGGAAAAGUAUGAUGAGGUCAUGGCUGUGCUGGGCAGCUUCCCUCACAUCGACAUGGAUACCAAACUACAGGUGCUUGAUGAUGAAGACAGCAAUAACAUCACAGCAGGCUCCAUUGUCACAGUAACUGUCACCUUAACCAGGAAACGGAUGGCGGAUGUGUUUGAAAAGGAGCAGGAGUCAAUGCCAUGUCCAGGAGAGGAGGCUGCCACUACAGAAGAAGCAGUGCAUAUAAAGCAAGGAGAUUCGAGUAAAGCCAAAACCAAAGUGUGGCAGAAUAAGAGUAAAGGGGCUAAGAAGACAGCCAAGUCCAAGAAGAAGAAAUUAACCAAGAAGAAGGCCGCUCCUGCUCCUGCCAAAACCAAGCAGGCCAACGGCAACGUGGCAGGAAAUGAAGUCUUAGCAGCAACAUCGAUAGUAAAGGAAGAAGAGGACGACGCCUCGGACAAAGGCAGCGAGUCAGACGAGGGGGAGGCCAACAAGGACUCUCCCAGUGAGAGAGACGAAGACAGCGACAAACAGAGCGACACUGAGGUGGAUGAGAUGGCUGGUGAUGACGAGGAGGAGUGGGAGGCUUUGCAGCAGAGCAUCCAGCGGCGAGAACGGGCCCUGUUAGAGACCAAGUCAAAGGUGACACACCCUGUCUACAGCCUCUACUUCCCUGAGGAGAAGCAGGAGUGGUGGUGGCUCUACAUCGCUGACCGCCGAGAUCAGACCCUUGUCUCUAUGCCCUACCACGUCUGCACACUAAGAGACACAGAAGAGGUGGAGCUGAAAUUUCCAGCCCCCUCCAAAAUGGGCAACUACCAAUAUUCUGUCAUCCUCCGUUCUGAUUCCUACCUGGGGCUGGACCAGAUCAAACCCCUAAAGCUGGAGGUCCACAAAGCCAAGGCCAUGCUGGACAACCACCCGCAGUGGGACAUCCCUGAUACGGAGGAGGAGGACGAAGAGCAGGAGGACAGCGACGGUAUAGAGGAGAGCGAAGACGAUGACGAGGACAACGACUGAACGUUGAUAACACGCCCUCAUAUGCUCACCCCUGCGCUCCCUCACCUCCAAACAGACUCACUCACUCCUGAACACAGAGCAGCGAAUGAAGUGCAGCAACGUCUGCCCGCCAUGCACAGAAUCACCAGGGCUGUGACCCCAUCCCAUUCCAUUUCUCCUUUUCUACAGAGACCUGUUCACUUUUGUUGCUGGCGGAAGGGAAAUCUGUGAAUACUUAACCCAGGCGUGUGCGUAAAUGUGCGUGUAUAUGAGUGCGUGUGUGUCAUGUUGUGCGUUUGUAACCUAGUAUGCGUUUGUGCAGGUAUGAAAGAUGGGCACUUUGUGGACUGGAGGACCUGUUAUCUGGGCUCUUUUCUUCGGGGGGAGAUGGGAUGCAUAACAGCUAAUUCUGUUUGCAAAAUUAACAAGAACACAUGAACACCAAGUGGAGAUCACAACAUCACUCGUAAUUUUUAAAGUCAUCCAGCCUUGAUGUUUUCCACACCAAUGAUAUUUUCGAUUGUGCAUUUAAACUGCAGAAGUGUGAGCUUUAGCCCUAUCCGUGGGGGAUCCCAACCCAGGCGACCAGUGGGCCGUUUGCUCCUUUUCAGCACACGAGUCUCACCAUUAUCAUUGUUUUUCCUGCUGUCACACCAGUCUGUCACUUGUAUGUACUUUUACUCACUGUAUGCUGGAGACAGGAGUCUGAUACUGAUCUCCAGCCAGUUGUUAAUUAUGCCUGUUCCGCAUAAUCCACAUCAAACUCUGUUUUUCUGAGACUUCUGUUGAUUGGAAACGGGUGGAUCUUGAAAUGAAUGACCUGAAGUCUAAUGAGGGAAAAAUGACAAAACUUGCAGUGUUAAAAUUUGUUUCUUCUUCAUAUACUACAUAACGUUGUGAGUUUUCAGGCUUUGUAAGGGGCUCAGAUACUGACAUAUAUAGGUACAUAUAUACAUACUCAUGGUUUCUCAGAAAAGUGACUUUCUUUCUCGCUUUUUUUAAAACGAUUGUAGCACAUUCCAGUGUAUACUAAUUGUCCAAAAAAGGCCUUAUGAAUACAACUGAAAUACCACAACAUACAAAUCUUUGGGUGCUAUGCACCGGUGGUUCAUGGAGGACAGGAAAAAAAUUUUGUUUGUUUUUAAAAACCUCAUUUUUCCUUUGUUUCAUUUUAGAAUUAGUCUAGUAAUCUUUUGGAAAACAUAUCACUGGUCUUGCCAUGACAGUCUCUAAUAAGAGGUUUUUGUUUGCUGAAAAGGGUUAGCGUGUGUGUGUGUGUGCGUGUGCGUGUGUGUUAGAUAGGCCCUGUCUUGAAGGGACAGCAGUGUGAGGUCCCCUCGUGCACGAACCGCUGAAAAGUUUCUCAAACAAAAACCAUGUGAAAUCAACUUGUAGUGUAAGACUGAGCAUAUUCUCUCUGGUACCUUUUCUCUCGAGUCAUUAAAACAGUACAAGCUUAA